CGACACCCACCAUGCCUGAUACCGAUCCUCCAUUCCCAUCCUUUGCCAACCUCGGCGCCUCGCCACCCAAGGAUUUCGACGUCCAAACUGUUGCGCGCGACUGGAUCAGCGCCUUUGCCGGUUCUAUCGAUAACCGUGACGUGCACAGCCUCGUCUCCUCGUCCCUGCAUGUCGAGUCGUGGUGGCGAGACGUGUUUGCACUGACCUGGGACAUGCGCACCUUCCAAGGCCGCGCCAAGAUCGAGACGUUCCUCAAUGACCGCUUGGCAGAGACGGGCUUCAGCAAAGUCGAGUUUAUCAAGGCGUUCUUCCAGCAAGUCGCGCCCGACGUCGCCUGGAUCCUUAUCCGCUUCUCAUUCGAGACCGCAGUCGCCAUUGGAGUGGGUGUCGCGCGGCUUGUGUAUUGCGCCGACUCGGUGUGGCGGGCGGUGACAGUGUCGACGGAGCUUGAUGGGUUGAAGGGCCAUCCGGAGCUAACGAGUGCAGACCGCGACUUCCGGGUUAACCAGGGCAACUGGGCUGAGGAGAGGAAGAGGGAGGUCGAAUUCGUUGACAAAGACCCGGAGGUAGUGAUUAUUGGCUGCGGACAUUCCGGACUGGAGGUCGCGGCUCGAUUGAAGCAUCUGAGAGUCAGCUACCUUGCUAUCGAGAAACACGCUCGGAUUGGAGAUAACUGGAGGACGCACUACGAUAUCUUGACCCUUCAUAACCCCCUAUGGUCUAACCAUAUGCCGUACCUCCACUUUCCUACCUCUUGGCCAGUUUUUCCUUCUGCGAAGCAGGUGGCAAAUUGGCUAAAGUUUUACGCCGAAGCACUCGAGCUGAACGUCUGGCUUUCGUCUGAGGCCGUUAGUGCGGUCCGUAACAAGGCCACAAACAAGUGGGACGUAGUAGUCCGGCGUGGGGAUGGGUCGUUCCGGACGCUGCACGUAGACCACGUCGUGAUGGCACAGGGCUUUCCAUCCAAGAAGACGGCGUUUCCUGGACAGGAGGAUUUCGGAGGACAGAUCGUGCACUCGAGCGAGUUCAAAUCAGCCAAAGUCUUUGUAGGCAAGAAGGUUGUGAUUAUUGGGGCUUGUACAUCGGCGCACGAUAUUGCUUCAGACUGCGCAGAUCACGGUGUAGAUGUGACGAUGGUCCAACGCAGCGCGACGUACGUCAUGUCCGUCCAGAAGGGUGUUCUUGCCUUUCUUUCGGCAUCGGAAUGGGAACGAGCACCGAUCGAGGAGGUUGAUAGCAUCAGGAUGUCGAUGCCCUUCCACUUCCAGAAAGACCUCGCCCAGCGCGGGGCGGCAAUGGUUCAGCAUGUGGACAGAGAGAUGCUCGAAGGCCUAAAGAAGGUCGGAUACAAGCUCAACAACGGCAAAGACAAUACCGGUGUGCUCUACCUGGUUCUCGACCGCGGCGGAGGAUACCACUAUGAUGCUGGUGCCUGCCAGAAGAUCAUCGACGGAAUGAUCAAGAUGAAGUCUGGUACUGAGGUCGACAGGAUCACCAAGACCGGCGUCGCUUUUAAGGAUGGAAGCGAGCUGCCUGCGGACAUCAUUGUUGUCGCCACGGGCCUGGAUGACUUCCGCGUGCCGCUUCACAGACUGCUCGGCGAGGACGUCGCCGCGCAAAUUCCGCCUAUGUGGGGUCUGAAUGAGGAAGGCGAACUGCAGGGCCCCUGGCGCGAGCCCGAAAGCUUGCCCGGCGUGUGGCCUAUAAUGGGCAAUUUCGCCUGGUCUCGCUACUUUUCUAAGAUGAUAGCGUUGCAGAUCAAGGCGAAACAGAAGGGACUGUAUGGGACACGCUAUGCAGCGCCGGACUCUUAGCGGCCUGGUACGGAUGUCAUUUUGGCUCGAUAUACCCUGUAACAUCAGUUCAAUCUUGCUGCUUACUCGUGUCUAGUUAAUAAGUCCCGAUUUUCAGGAGCUCUCUGUCUUCAAGGACGAGGCUUCAGGAACUUGAAGUUCUCUC